UUCUACAAUAAUAUCGCUUUUACGUUGAUUUACUGUACCACACAUAUCAACUUUUACUAAUUGUAAGUUUAUUUUCACGACUUUAAGAAACAGAAUUUCUUCGAAACAUGCGUGAGGUUAUCUCUUGUCAUCUUGGACAAGCUGGUGUCCAGAUUGGUAACGCUUGUUGGGAAUUGUACUGUUUAGAACAUGGUAUUCAACCAGAUGGCCAAAUGCCAUCUGAUAAAACGGUCGGUGGAGGAGACGACAGCUUUAAUACGUUUUUCAGCGAAACAGGUGCUGGAAAACAUGUCCCCAGGGCAGUUUUUGUGGAUCUAGAACCAACGGUUGUGGAUGAAGUCCGAACAGGAACCUAUCGACAGCUUUUCCACCCAGAACAGUUAAUAACCGGCAAAGAAGAUGCUGCUAAUAAUUAUGCCCGCGGACACUACACAGUUGGGAAAGAAAUUGUAGAUUUGGUGUUGGAUCGUAUUCGCAAACUGGCCGAUCAGUGUACGGGACUGCAAGGUUUUUUGAUAUUUCACUCAUUUGGUGGUGGAACAGGAUCCGGUUUUACAUCUCUUCUAAUGGAACGUCUAUCUGUUGACUACGGAAAGAAAUCCAAACUGGAAUUCGCUGUUUACCCGGCUCCUCAAAUUGCUACUGCCGUCGUGGAACCAUACAACGCAGUCUUAACCACCCAUACUACAUUGGAACACUCAGAUGCCGCCUUUAUGGUGGAUAAUGAAGCAAUUUACGAUAUUUGCCGCCGUAAUUUGGAUAUAGAACGACCAACUUACACCAACUUGAACAGACUGUUGGCUCAAAUUGUUUCUUCUCUGACUGCAUCUUUAAGAUUCGACGGUGCAUUGAACGUGGAUCUAACAGAAUUUCAAACCAACUUGGUCCCUUACCCACGAAUUCAUUUUCCUUUAGCUACAUACGCUCCUAUUAUAUCGGCAGAAAAAGCUUACCACGAACAACUUUCGGUUGUUGAAAUUACCAACGCCUGUUUUGAACCAGCCAAUCAAAUGGUUAAAUGCGAUCCCAGACACGGAAAAUACAUGGCAUGUUGUGUAAUUUAUCGUGGGGACGUGGUUCCGAAAGAUGUUAAUGCUGCUAUUGGAACUAUUAAAACGAAAAGAACAAUUCAAUUUGUGGAUUGGUGUCCAACUGGAUUUAAAGUUGGCAUCAAUUAUCAACCACCAACGGUUGUUCCGGGUGGUGAUUUAGCUAAAGUGCAACGAGCGGUUUGCAUGUUGUCAAACACCACAGCUAUUGCUGAAGCCUGGGCUCGUUUGGAUCAUAAAUUCGAUCUAAUGUAUGCUAAGCGAGCUUUUGUACAUUGGUACGUGGGUGAAGGUAUGGAAGAAGGUGAAUUUACUGAAGCACGUGAAGAUAUGGCGGCUUUAGAGAAAGAUUUUGAAGAAAUUGGUAUGGAUUCGGGUGAAGGUGAAGGUGAAGGAGGUGAAGAAUUUUAAAAACCAUUUUCAAGUUGAGUUGAUUCGCAGCAUUUUGACCAUCACGACUUUAUACAGAUUUUUACCAUUACUCAAUACCAUUUUAAGAUUUAUAUGUUUAUAUUUUAUUAGAUUUACCUACUAUGUACAAAAUAAUAACUAAAUGUAUAGAAUUUU